AUGAACUCUGCAGCCAACUCGUCCGAGUCGCUAGUCAAGCCCACAGUACCUCCAAACCGGGACCAGGAGCUCACUUCUUCCAACUCGAAUCCACCCAACGAACCAACUAUUACAUCGCCGUCCAGAGUUGAAGCCACAAAAGCCUCACCAUCUGGAGCUAUGUCUGAUGAUCAUUAUCUAGAUAUCGCUACUACACAGAAAAAGACCUCUUUCAAGGAACAAGCUCAUUCUCAGCCCUCUGUCAGUACUUCUGAAAAAGCGCAUAUGCCAACAAGGGCAAAUAUUGCUGCAACUAGGGACAAGAAUAAGGAGCAGGAUAAAGACAAGAUCAAACAUAGUGACAAAGAUAAAGAGAAAGAGAAGGACGUGGACAUGGACAUGGACAUGGACAUAGACAAGAAGAGGAUCAAGGAUACAAUCAAAAACAAUGAAACGUUAUUGCCGUCUCUGCCGGACAAUGCGUUUGUGCAUCCGAUACACGCUCUCAACUCGACUAGCCCCAUAGUGCGUUUGAAGCCAUCUCACAAGCGUUCUCAGUCUGCACAGCUUCCCCUUACAUCUCCCUGGAGCAUACUUCAGUCGUCGGUACCUGCGACGAGGAGCCAUCCCUCAUCAUCACUCAGCCAGAUGACACUCUCGACCAGCCAUACCAACUCUUUAGUCUCAUCCGAAAGCUCAUCAUCCAUGGAACCCUCCAUUCUUUUAAAUAACAGCAACUCCAACUCAAAGAACGACGAUACACGUGGCCAGUCUUCCAUUUGGUAUUCGCCUUUUCAAUCUGGUCUAGAUAUUUCAAUCGAAAGUGACCAGGAGCAAGGAAAGCAUGGAUCAAGAUCGUUCUCGAAGCCCGGUAUCCAAACUGACCUUGCCAGAAAUCAAAAGAAGCUUAGCCUUGGACCAAUACUACCGCCAUCCUCAUUCUUUGAGUCAUCCCCAAGGACGCCAAGGAUCAUGCCUUUCAAUCAGCAUCUUAGCAAUAGGACAUUGGGUGUCGAUGACUGGUCGGCACGGACGAGAUCAUCGUCAAUAGCGGCUCCAAUGACACCUCUGCUGGAGUCCGAAUGCCAAGCUCCAGCGGAUUAUUUUGGUGGCAGUCAUAGCGUCAGCAGUAGCAGAAGAGGAUCUACGGAGAACAACUUGACAGAGUCGCUGUUGUCAGGGAGAGCGAGGAUGUUUGCGGCGUCUGAUUCGACUAUUGUUUAUCCACGUCAAACCAGUCUACAUCCUUCGAACUCACCUCAAGGCACUAAUGGAUCAGACACAUCGUUUUCCUCGCCACUCUACAGCUCGUCCUCCUUGGCACCACCAGCCUCAGCAUUGUUCACUUCCGCCAGUUCACCGUUGCUAGGGCAUACGACUCAGGAGCCGCUCGCACUGACGACGAGUAUGUUACAGGAUCCAACAGUGGAGACGAUUCCAACGUUUGUGAAUCCAUGGGAAUCAAGCUACCCUAUUCGGUCGAACCACACCGUUUCAGAAAAAUUCCUACCCUUUGGAUCUUCCUCGUCCCUGAACGUCACCGAUAACAGUUUCGAUAGAGAUCAGGAUCAAGAUCGUCAGAGUAGUCUUCUCAGACUCAUGAAUGGAGACAGCAGAGUUGGUGAAAUUGACCAAAUGGACGGUGGAUCUGGCAAGCAGGAGCGUGACGACGAAGCCGAGGCCAUCCGAAGGGGAUUUCUCUUUCCAAGCCUUGCUCACUAUACACAUGCUUCAAUGCACUCUGUGGAUCUGCCCAGCUUUCGUCCGUUUCCCUCGGUGGAAAUGUCUCUGGCUGCUGCUGCGAACCAACCACCACCGCUCACGGAGGACCUCAAAUACGACUUUGUUGACUUGUCGAUGCAGGAUUUCGUCCGCGGACAAACACCGGUUCCGGAGAUCAGUCAAGGCUCCACGUGGACGGAAGGAAGCGAGAAGAAACCCAGGGAGCGACAUCGCCAUGGACGGAAUCGAUCCGGCCAUCACAAGUCUGCCUCGCUCAGCUCGUUCUUUCCGCCCAUGCCACCAGUCCCUGGUGUGCUGAGCAGUACCAGCCCAGGUAUCCAGGCCGACACUGUUGGAUCUUUGGAUCCAUUAAAUCAACUCGCGAACAACCAGAGCGGCGAGAGUCAUCAUCAUGGAAGUCAAGGCCAUGUUCAUGGACGUAGCCAUUCCAAGCAAGGUCGCACUCAGGGCUCCACCUCUGGCAGGGAUGGAGAGGGAGCACCAUCUACAUCUGGCAGACGUCGUGCUGGUACCGUACAGGACGGUCAUCAUAGAAGCGCCAGCAAACACCAUCACCACCAGCAUGUCGAUUUUAGCAAAUCAAAGAGGACGCCCAAAAAGGAGCAAAGCGUUUGA